AUGGCUACUCCAGAACAGAAGAAAUUCGUCUCGCAGAUCGACGCCAACAAGGCUGCGUUGAUCGACCGCCUUGCCGAGGCCGUCUCGAUCCCCUCGGUCUCGGGUGAUGCCGCUUACCGCAAGCACUGCUUCGAGAUGGCCGACUGGCUGCUGGCUGAACUCAAGAAGCUCGGUGCUACUGCCGAGCUCAAGCCUCUGGGCAAGCAGACGCUCGAGGGCAAGGAGAUCGACCUGCCACCCGUCAUCCUCGGCGACCUGGGCAAGGACCCGAAGAAGAAGACCAUUCUCGUCUACGGCCACUUUGACGUUCAGCCUGCUCUCAAGUCCGACGGCUGGGACACGGAGCCUUUCAAGCUGAUCACGGACGAGAAGACCGGUCGCAUGUACGGCCGUGGUUCCACCGACGACAAGGGACCCAUCCUCGGCUGGCUCAACGCCAUCGAGGCCCACCAGCAGGCCGGCAUCGAGCUGCCCGUCAACCUCAAGUUCUGCUUCGAGGGCAUGGAGGAGAGCGGCAGUGUUGGCCUCGACGAGCUCAUCGUCGCCGAGAAGGACACCUUCUUCCAGGGUGUUGACGCCGUCUGCAUCUCGGACAAUUACUGGCUCGGUACCAAGAAGCCCUGUCUCACUCACGGUCUGCGUGGUAUCGCCUACUUCAUGCUCACCGUCUCGGGCCCUGCUCGCGACCUCCACUCGGGUGUGUUCGGCGGUGUUGUGCACGAGCCUAUGACUGAUCUCUUCGCUAUCAUGUCCAAGCUCGUCACUCCUCAGGGUGAGAUCCUCGUGCCCGGUAUCAAGGAGCUCGUGGCUCCAUUGACCGACGAGGAGCGCAAGCGCUACGACGUCAUGGACUUCACCCUUAGCGACAUUGACGGUGCCACGGGCAGCUCGACCACCGUCAGCGACGACAAGGCGGCCGUGCUCAUGGGCCGCAUGCGAUACCCCUCGCUCUCGCUGCACGGCAUCGAGGGUGCCUUCUCCGAACCUGGCGGAAAGACCGUCAUCCCCGCCAAGGUGAUUGGCAAGUUCUCGUUGCGUCUGGUGCCGGACAUGACGCCCGAAAAGGUCAAGGAGCUUGUCAUCAAGUACGUCGAGGCCGAAUUCGCCAAGCUCGGAAGCAAGAACACCAUCAGCAUCACCAGCGAGAACGGCGGCAAGCCGUGGUUGGCCGACCCCAACCACUGGAACUACGAGGCAGCCAUCAAGGCCACCGAGACCAUCUACGGUGUCAAGCCCGACUUGACGCGCGAGGGUGGCUCCAUCCCCGUUACCUUGACGUUUGCCGACACGCUGCAGAAGAACGUGCUGCUGCUGCCCAUGGGCAGGAGCGACGACGGUGCUCACUCGACCAACGAGAAGCUCGACAUCUCGAACUACAUUGAGGGCACCAAGCUGCUCGGCCUCUACCUUCACGAGGUGGCUGCUGCUGCCUGA